AUGAAUGCUUGGCCUUUUGAUGGUUUGCAGAAAGCUGAAUUGAGAUGUCUCCUACCCAGAAGUCUUCUAGAUAAUGGCUUUUAUACUGACUAUCAUAAGGAUGAGGUCAGUGACCGUAGCAGUUUUAGCUGGAGUGGUCAACGCAAGGCUCCUUCAUAUCUGCAUAAGUUGGUUUUCCCUCAAGAAUUCAUGGCAGCUUUACGAACCAUAAAAAUGCAAGAUCAUGAGAUUAAAAAGGCCACUUCUCUGCUAGCUGAGCUUGUUGGAUCAAUAGAAGAGGGGCAUCCAUCUGAAGCAGAUGUGCGAGCAGCUGUUUGGGAAUCUUGUGGGGAUUAUGCAGCUCUGGAGCUACUUGUGGAUCUUCUUCGUGCGAAGUUGAUGGAACUUGAAGAGAGCUCAGGAACUGUAGAAAACGAUUCCAAGCUUCUGGAAGAUUUCCACAAUUUGGAACUUGAAGAACACAUGAGAGAGAACAGUUCCACAGAAGAGAGGAAAGGCAUGACUAGAAACAUAAUAUCUUGCAUAGUAUACAGAAGAGGACAGAAGCAGCUUACAAGCUUAUUCUUAAAAGAAGCAGAGCAGGCCUUAGAAUUCUGUGCGAACGAACAGGAAUAAACAUUUAGCAUCAAUUGACAAUAGCAACAGCUGUUAGAUCUAAGGCUUCUUUUGGGAC